GCGUGUGUGCAUCCAUGCAGGCUGGUGGCCCAGGUGAGUCCAUAAGAACAAAGUCUAGAAGCGCAUCAUGACAAGGGGAGUGGGCAACAUGUCUUCACUGGUCUUCCUCACAGUGAGCGUGCUACUGGUCGCUGUUGCAUUUGUGGACGUGAGUGCAACUGGCAGCGGCUAUGUUUAUGUGAAACCACCUGGCUGCACGAAAGACAAUGAGUGUUCCUAUGGCGAGAAAUGUUGUAACGGAGACUGCAAGACGUGUGCUUGUUGCACCGACGCCCACUGUGGCUAUGGAAAGAAGUGUUGCAAUGGUGCCUGCUCCACUGCCGCGUGCUGCUCUGACAGCCACUGCGGCUAUGGAACGAAGUGCUGCGGCCGCCAGUGCAAGUAGUGCUGCAGUGACAGCAACUGUGGCUAUGGAAAGAAGUGCUGCGGAGGAGUCUGCACCAGUGCCCAGUGCUGCACUGACAGCCACUGCGGCUAUGGAAAGAAGUGCUGCGGCGGCCAGUGCAAGGAGUGCUGCAGCGACAGCAACUGUGGCUAUGGAAAGAAGUGUUGCAAUGGUGCCUGCUCCACUGCCACGUGCUGCUCUGACAGCCACUGCGGCUAUGGAAAGAACUGCUGCGGCGGCCACUGCAAGGAGUGCUGCAGCGAUAGCAACUGUGGCUAUGGAGAGAAGUGCUGCGGAGGAGUCUGCACCAGUGCCCACGACAGCAACUGUGGCUAUGGAAAGAAGUGCUGCGGAGGGGUCUGCACAAGUGCUCAGUGCUGCUCUGACAGCCACUGCGGAUAUGGAAAGAAGUGCUGCGGCGGCCAGUGCAAGGAAUGCUGCAGCGACAGCACCUGUGGCUAUGGAAAGAAGUGCUGCGGAGGGGUCUGCACUGGUGCUCGGUGCUGCUCUGACAGCCACUGCAGCUAUGGAAAGAAGUGCUGCGGUGGCCAGUGCAAGGAAUGCUGCAGCGACAACACCUGUGGCUAUGGAAAGAAGUGCUGCGGAGGGGUCUGCACUAGUGGUCAGUGCUGCUCUGACAGUCACUGCAGUUACGGACAGAAGUGCUGCAGUGGCCAGUGCACGGAGUGCUGCUCUAGCAGCCAAUGUGGCUAUGGAAAGAAGUGUUGUGGAGGCUCAUGCAAGAAGGUGGAGUGCUGCGCUAACAGUGACUGUCCGUAUGGCAAAACGUGCAUUAACAACUGCUGUAAGAACUAGUAAGAGGGCCACGGGCCACUACAAGACAAGAAUUUCAAAGCCAUAUCUAGGGGCUAGUUUGAUAGUUUGCAAGGAAUGUAAUGCAACGCAAGUUGAACUGCAAGACGGGCAACUAUAGCAUGCAAUAGCAGGAGGGCAUCUAUAGGUGGAUUUGCAUCUGUAGCGGACAAUAAUAGCAGGAAUGGCAACCAUAGC